CAAAAUAGAAGAGCGAAAUCUGAGGUCUGAAAUAAGCUACGAAGACUUUAGCUUCUGCUUUAUCUAUAUUAUCCAUAACACAAUACUCACAUACAGCUUCUACUUCUACUUCUACUUCAACACAAUGAAUCAAGCAACAACACAAUCCAACUUACUACUUGCUACUACUACUAGUAGUUUAGUACUAUGAUAUGAUUUCUUAGUACUUUCAGUUUCAGUUAUGGAAUCUGUAACAAACAUGUUUUGUUCCUCUUCACCUUUUCCUUCUAGAGCUUUUCAUUGCAACAAUUCACCUCCUUCUUCUCCUCCAGUUUUGACGCUCCGCGAACAGGUCGGCCUCACAUUUUCCUCUUGUUCUUCUAGCAUUUCAGCACAGCAAUUUCCUACCUCGGUUCUUUUACAAGAGCCACGUGAUGAAUAUAAAUCUCUUUUGCACAUGUAUAAGGACGAAAAGACGUCUCAGAUGGAUAGUGCCCUGGUUGAUGAAGAGAAUGACACUGCCACUGCUGAUCAAUUAGUGCAUGAUUUUAGGAAGCAAUUGCAUGUUUGGUCUCAUUUACAGAACAUAUUGAGUUCUUCGGGAAUAGAAGACAUUGCUGCCUCUUCGACUACAGAACGUGUCGCUCUUGACUCUGAGAGGCUGGCAGAUGACUUGCAAUGUAAUGCAGUUUCUCUUGCUAUGAAAGCGUUGUCAGCAUCAAAACAAGCGGCCUCAGUAGUUGAAGACUUGAAAUCACUUAAAGCUGAUGAUGAUGAAUCUCUUCAUUUUGGUUUGGAUGUCCCUUCGCUUCGAAGCAACAAAACUGUGAGGUCAACACGACUUCUAGAGAGACGAUCAAAACAAAGAAAAGCGCCAAAGUCUAGAGCUAAGGAUGAUGAAACUUACCUUCCAAGAAAGGAUAAUGCUCAAGGAAGACUACGCGUAGGGAAGAAAAUAAAUGCAGAACUGAACCAAAAUGAUGCGCUGCACAUGUUCUUGUGGGGUCCUGACACAAAGCAACUUUUGACACUUGAAGAAGAGUCUAAGUUGAUUUCUCAGAUACAGGACUUAAUGAGAUUAGAAGAAGUGAAAACCAGGCUUCAGUCUCAGUUUGGGAGGGAACCAACUGUCGUAGAAUUGGCUGAGGGUACGGGACUUAGCUGCCGAACGCUGCAGAUGCAGAUUCAUUGUGGUAACAGAAGCAGAGAAAAGCUGAUACAAGCUAAUUUACGCAUGGUAGUUCAUAUUGCGAAAAAUUAUCUGGGUCGCGGCCUUAGCCUCCAGGACUUAUUACAGGAGGGAAGUAUGGGUCUAAUGAGGAGUAUUGAGAAGUUUAAACCACAAGUUGGCUGCCGUUUCAGUACUUAUGCAUACUGGUGGAUAAGGCAAUCAAUCCGAAAAGCCAUAUUCAAACAUUCCCGGACAAUCCGUUUGCCCGAAAACAUAUAUAUCCUUUUAGGAAAGAUAUCUGAGGCAAAGAAACUAUACAUGCAAGAAGGAAAUCUAGAACCAACCAAGGAAGAAUUAGCAUUGAGGGUAGGGAUUACACGAGAGAAAAUCGACCAUUUGCUAUAUGUUGCAAGAAAUCCAGUUUCUAUGCAGCAAACUGUCUGGGCAGACCAAGCUACAACUUACCAGGAAAUUACAGCAGACACCACAAUUGAGACCCCAAACACGACAGUUGAAAAACAACUAAUGAGACGGCAUGUGCUCAACCUCCUACGUAACUUACGCCCAAAGGAAAGGAAGAUCAUCCGCCUAAGAUUUGGUAUUGAAGAUGGCCAACAGAAAUCUUUAUCAGAAAUCGGAGAAAUAUUCGGUUUGUCUAAGGAGAGGGUCCGUCAGUUGGAGAGUCGAGCAUUGUUCAAGCUUAGGCAGUGUUUGGUGAGUCAAGGUCAUGAUGUUUACUCAGACUUGCUUGUAUAGAACCAUGGCCUGCACAAUUUUUCUAGCUACGUUUUUUUAUAGCAGUAAUAGCUAGGUGACGUUUGGUAAAUGAAUAUCCAAGUGUUAUAAAGGUGAGGCUUAUGUUAAUAUUGUUUCCACAGAUAAUUGUUGUAUUUAGCAUUAAUAAUAAAUGGUUCAUUAUUUAAA